AUGUACAGAGAUGUAAUCAGCAAGUUCGAGAAACGCGAAAAUGAAGAGUCCGCAUCCAAAGAAAUUGACAAACCCGAGGUCUACUUCGAUGACGACGAUGAUAUUCCUGACGAGGAAGAGGAAGCUUCUGGCCCAAAAAUAUCGAAGAAAAAGCGAAAGGAAAUGAACAAACUGUCCGUGGCAGAGUUGAAGGCGUUGGUUCGGAAACCAGAAACGGUAGAAUGGACCGAUACGUCAGCAUCAGACCCACGUCUCCUCGUUCAUAUUAAGGCAUAUCGAAACGUCGUUCCUGUACCUACCCAUUGGUCGCUAAAACGGGAGUAUUUGUCGUCAAAGAGAGGAGUUGAGAAACCACCAUUUACUUUGCCGAAGUUCAUACAGGAAACCGGCAUCGCUGAGAUGCGAGAUGCAGCUUUGGAGAAGCAGGAUCAAGCAACCCUCAAACAAAAACAGCGCGAGCGUGUACAGCCUAAGAUGGGGAAAUUGGAUAUUGACUACCAGAAGCUCUAUGAGGCUUUUUUCAGAUUUCAAACUAAACCCGAACUGACUCGCUACGGCGAGGUCUACUACGAGGGCAAAGAGUAUGAAACUAACCUACGGCAUCUCCGACCCGGCGAACUGAGCGAUGAGCUGAAAGAAGCCCUCAACAUCCCCCCUGGCGCUCCUCCUCCGUGGCUUAUAAACCAGCAACGAUUUGGACCUCCCCCGUCAUACCCUGCACUCAAAAUUCCAGGACUAAAUGCGCCGCCUCCUCCCGGCGCAAUGUGGGGGUAUCAUCCCGGAGGAUACGGUAAACCUCCUGUUGAUGAGCACAACCGCCCCUUAUCGGAGGCGUGUUGA